AUGGCUCCCCCAGCAACGGCUCCAUAUGAUUGGAUUCUUGCCAUUACAUCUAUUGCUUUCACCUUCAGCGCCUUUGGCAAUGGAGCAAACGACGUUGCAAAUUCCUUUGCCACCUCAGUUGCGGCGAGGACCUUGACCAUGGCUCAGGCAGGCCUCAUAUCGAUGGUCACUGAGUUUGUUGGUGCCGUUGCGCUUGGGUCCCGUGUGACUUCUACAAUCAAAAAUGGCAUAUUUUCAAUCGACCAUUUCAAUGAUAGACCUGGAGCUUUGAUGGUAGUCAUGGGUUGUGCUGAAAUUGGAAGUGCUACUUGGCUAAUGGUAGCGAGCGGCUUUGGAAUGCCAGUGUCCACUACUCAUACUAUUGUGGGCGCUCUCACCGGGGCGGGAAUUGCCUCUCAAGCUUCAAUUAAGUGGUCAUGGCAGUCAGGAAGUCUCUCCCAGAUUGCAGCAUCAUGGGCUAUUGCACCUAUACUUGCUGGUUGCUUCUCUGCCAUUAUCUUCGCUUCGCUCAAAUACACAGUUCUGGAACGCAAGGAGUCGCUGAAAUGGGCAAUGCGGCUCAUUCCCCUCUAUAUUGCUUUCACUGCCAGUAUCUUGGCCCUCUUCAUCGUGAUAGAGCUACCGACAGCUCCGUCCCUCGAGGAAUUUGGUGCCGGAAAAGCCGUUGGAAUAAUCCUAGGUGUCUUCUUCGGCGUCCUAGUUAUUGCGAUGGUAUUUUUCAAACCUUAUUUCUAUCGACGCAUUAUUAGACAAGAUUCAAGGAUCAAAUACUGGCACCUACCCUUGGGCCCGCUUCUCUGGCGUGACAAUGCGCCUCUCUAUUUCCCUGGACAAGUAGAUGGAGAGUACGUAAAAGACUACUAUGCCGAUCCUUAUCAGAAUGCAACUUAUCCUUCGCCGCCAAUUCAGGCUAUAGACCAAGAGGAAACUUUAGAAAAAGCAGCCAAUACCGUUGACCCUGGCGACCAGGCUCAGAGCAGUGACCGAACCAUUCGUAAUGAGCUCGAAGCGACGAGAGCUAUGAGUCCAGUAAGCCCAAGGCAAAGGUUCCUCGAUCCGGUAUCACAUCUAAAAAUCACUCACCCAAGACGAUUAUUUGGGUACAUCAAGUUUAUCUUGCUGCAAGGCGUGACUCGCGACUGCGUUACCCACGACUCAACAUCGCUUCGCGAUGUCCAUGCCCGCGCUAGCAAAUAUGAUAUCCGAGUCGAGCACCUAUGGACAUACUGUCAGGUCGCAUCCGCUAUGAUUAUGUCAAUUGCUCAUGGUAGCAACGAUGUCGCAAAUGCAGUUGGCCCCUGGGCAGCUAGCUACCAAACUUACAAGGACGGAGUCGUAUCCACACGAUCUCCAACCCCGGUUUGGUUCCUUGUUAUCGCUGGAUUUCUGUUAGGAGCGGGAUUCUGGUUCUAUGGAUUUCACGUCGUUCGUUCCUUGGGCAACAAGAUCACGCGAAUGUCUCCUACUCGUGGUUACAGUGUAGAGCUGGGUGCCGCAAUCACUGUUCUACUAGCGUCGCGUCUGAGCCUUCCUGUCAGUACUACGCAGUGCCUGACAGGGUCUGUUCUAGGGGUCGCGCUUAUGAACUUUGAUCUACGCGCCACUAAUUGGAAACAAGUUGCGUUCAUCUUUUCAGGAUGGGUCUUGACAUUACCGUGCUCAGGUUUGAUUUCUGGACUGCUUUGUGUUAUGGCAUUAAACGCACCAAGCCUUUAG